UGUCCGCUGUCAAUCUCGAUUCCGCUUGGUAGCGGGGGUCGAACGGAACUGAACAUACAAAAGUAUAGCAUUACACCAAAAUGGAAGGCGCUGGUGCUUAUGGCGGUGCUAAAGCAGGAGCUCCUUUCGACCCCUUCACAUUUGUACAAAGGCCGCAAGUGAUAUUAAGAGCAGUAUGUCUGCUGUUUGCGAUCAUCGUGUUUGGCUGCAUAUCCUCCCAAGGCUGGAUGUAUGAUGAGAAGGAGAAACGGGAAGUAUGCCUCUACAACCGUGACGCGAGUGCAUGCCACUACGGAACCGGUGUGGCAGUUCUGGCAUUCCUAGCAUCCAUCGGAUUCCUGGUGGGUGAAUUCCUGUUCGAGCAAAUGUCAUCUGUCAAGACCCGUAAACACUAUGUCUUGCUAGACCUUGGAUACUCAUCGGCCUGGACUGUGCUGUACUUCAUCGGAUUCUGCUACCUGGCCAACCAGUGGAGCAACGCUGAGACUCCUGAAGGGAACUACGGAGUGAACAAUGUUCAGGCUGCCAUCUGCUUCUCUUUCUUCUCCAUCUUCACUUGGGCUGGCUGUGCUUGGUUUGCUUACCAGCGAUUCCGAGCUGGAGUGGACACCGCCUUCGCCCCGAGCUACGAGGCUGACCCUAGUUCUCUCCCCGGGGCCGCCUACACCUCCUACCCUGGGGGACCAGACAGUGAUACUGGCUACCAGGAGGCCCCCUUCAGCGGAAACCAGCAACGGGGUCCAGGUGACUACCAAGCCCCUGCUUAUUAAACAAGCAGGUGAAAAGUUGCCGACCUUGGAGUGAUGGAGUUCAGGCUGUUCAGCAAUACCACAAAAACCACUUCUCGCUCUUAUAGAUCAACAUGUUCCACUCUUACAAAUAAAGAUAUUCCCUUCUUCUAGACCAAGACUUCCCACACCUGCAGUCCAAAACCUCACACUCUAGUAUACCAAGAUUUCAUAGUCUUAUAAACUAAGGUCUUGUAGACCGUGAUUUGCAGCUCAUAUAGACAAUGACAUUCCACUCUUUGAGAGGGUGAUUGUAUACUCUUCUAGACUGAAACCUACUUCAAUGUUAGUCAAAGGCAAACUUAUUUAAUCUGGCCACUACUUCAUUUCUAAGCAAAUAAUUGGUUUUUACUCUGUUCAGAACAAUGUAUAAUUUGGGACAUUUAUAUUAAUACUAAUCCCAUUUACAAAUAUUAAAAUAACAUCUUAAACCGAUUUCAUUACUUAUUUAGUCCUUAGAUCAUGAUUUCUUCUUUAUAUUACCCAUUGAAACCUGACAGUAUUAUAAUGUACAAUAAAUAAAUAUAGCUUGUAAUGAUUUUAUUUUCUUUUGGAAAAAGGUUUCUUAUGUUAAUAAUGUAAUAAUUGAAAGAUUCUUGAGUACCUGUCUUGACUUCAUAAUCAUAAUUUCCUUUCAUUUAAUCAGAAACAAAUUUACAACUGUUUGUUUGGGUUCCUUGCUAAAAACACAUGUUAUAAAUGGAGAAAUGGUUUUUGUGGUAAAAAGAAAGAAGUUGACAAUACUUAAUUAGUGGGAAAAUUAUUUUUUGAGAGUUUAAAAUGUUAACUGUCGGUAUUGAAUUGGCUUUGGUGUGAUUGUGCUAUCAGUUUUUGAAGGCACAGCAAUCUUGUAAAAGUUGUGUGUAUAGAGCAUAAUUCAAAAUACAUAUUUUAGGAUACCAACCAUCAGUGGCAUUAGUUUAGGAAUGUGAAAAAGUGUCAAGGCUGAAGUGGACAGCACUGAGAAAGUUUUUCUUUAUUUUGAAAACUUUUAAUGAUUGCAUCUGUGAAACAAUACAUUACUAAUACAUUCUUUAAUCAUUGGUGAUGGAUUAAACUUAACCAAAUUGGUGAAUAAAUUGCAUACAUGAAGACAACUAAGCAAAUAGAGAUUUAAAUACCAAUUAAGAGGAAUAAAAUCAGCACACCAAUAAAGCAGCCUAAACUAAGGCCAUUUUGUAUAUAACACCUCGGUUGUAUAUUUGUAUAGUGUUGUAAACUUUUAACACUUUAUAGCACAAGUGUUGAAAAUGCAGCAGAAUAGUAACAUAUUUUACAUGUAAACCAACCAAACGUGUUUCAAUACAUCUAUAUUUCAAAAUCCUGUAACUAUAAAAAUUAAAUAGUAUUUAUAGCUAGAGUUCUUAAAGUAGUAGUAAAUAAAACAUAUUUUUAGCUAUGAUAAUAGCCAGAAAAAGCUAUUGCCGGUUUUCUUUACUCCAUUUAUAAAAAUAUUUUCAUGCUGUACAGCUUGUUGGCAGAUACAAAUAAUGGUGAUUUUUACCGUUUCAGUAAUCCCUGAUUGGUGUAUGAAAUCAAGGUAAUGUUAAGAACUGUAUAUACUUGAGGUUGAGAUUUUUACGUUUUGUUUCAAAUAGUAGGAGAAAAUAAUUGUGUAAAUACUUAUCAACCGUGAUCUGUUAGAGGACAAAUAUUGCAUUGUGGGAUACAUGGAAUGAUCAUAAGUUUACCUCCUGCUAGGUUUUAACCUUUCGCUGUCAGACAUUUUACUGAGUUACAUGAGAAAACUGUUAUGUGUUUAGUCAAAUGUAUGGUUUUACAAAACCUGUGCUAAAUUUUUAUUUUCAUAUUAAAUUUAGCAAAUCAAAUCAAAUAAUUAAGUAAUUCCUGAUUGAUGUAUGGAAUCAAUUCGUGCAUUUAAUGUUUAAAUCUUCAAAUAAAAAUUUGAAACUUUAAAAAUUAAAAUACUUGCAUGAAUAGUGAAAAAAUUAUUGUUUUCAAAAUAUGAACAAGGUAGGAUUACACCACAUAAAGUUUCAUGUAACAGGCUUUGCUGAGGUUGUAUGUAAACUUUUAAGUCUAUAAUUGCAUAUGACAGAUGUUAAAAUGUCAUAUAUUAUACUUAAUUUAUUUACAAAUUGAAUUAUUCUGUGAUUUUCUUGCUGUUAUACACAAGACUAAUGUAAAAAUGUUCACUAACGCUCAGCCAAAUCCUAUGGAGUGACUUACACCAUCACCAAACUUAAUAUUGUCUGUAUAGAAAUGAAGUGUCAUGCAAAAUUUCAAGUCUAGGUAAAUUCGUUCUCAAGUUAUUGAGUGGUCAGAUAGACAGAAAUGAAAUCUGUUUGGUCAAUCAAGUGAUAUGCUUCACCCAAUUACAAAGUAAACUUUGGUAACGAGUAUAUUCAUUAAAGAGCUAACUACAAACUUUUAGUAGUUAUAAAAUUUACAUGAAAAACAUAGAAAUAAUCCAAAGAUACGUACAGUUGUAUAAUUCCAAAGACGUUUAAAAUUAAUUUUCAUUAAGCCAUUCUAUAUUUUUGUAUAUAGUUUCAUGGUGAUUAGAUCCAUAUAACAUAUUUAAAAACAUUUUUGGAGACGUCUGACGUAUAGGAGGUCAACAGCGAAAGGGCUGAAAGGAAUCCGAUACCAAACAAAGGCUUAACCUGUUGUAAAAUUUUUACUGUGAGAUCAUUAUUGUAUAUUGAUUUGAGUUUGCUUCCCUAUAAAUUUAAAAUGUUGAGUCACUCUUCUCCAAGUUGACUAUUUCUACCUGUAACCAUUUUAAAAUUUGCAAGGAGCAAAUUCAAUACUGGCUUACUGUUUAAAAUUCUUACAAAUUAAACAUGCUCUAAUUAAGUCAAAAUUUUAAAAAUUUAAUUGAUCUCACUUCAGUCGAUGAACUGGACAUACAUUAUUUUCUAAUUUAAUUUAUUAACUCUUUGAGGAAUUGAAGCAGAAAUACAGAAUAAAUGCUCUUGAUCAUUUAGGUAAAAGCCUAUUCUAGCAUUGUUGAUUAUCGUAUAUUGAACAAACCUUAAUACCACAUCUAGUCUAGUAAGUGUCAAUGUUACCAUAGCAUAAUAAAUGUGUAGAAUUAGCGUGACGGUUUAUAUUUUAUUUUUAUGGCUGUGCAUAUUGGAUUGUCAGAAGUGAUAUGUUUGAAUUAGCUUUAGUCCAUUUGUUCUUUACAUGUGAUAAAAUAUUUUUAAGUUUUAUUUUGCUUAUUAAUUUUAUAAUAAUAUUAAAUUUUUAAUUUCUUACUAUUAUUAUGUAAAAAAAAUGUUUUAUUUUUUGUUGCUUUUUACAAGCAAAGUACAAAUGUCAUAUGUAUAUUACAUGAUUGUAUUUGUUUGUGCUAAAUAAUAAUUUUGAUUAAAAAAUGAAAUAUGACUCUUAUCAUACAUAGCUUAAUACAUUUUACACAAUAAUGAAAACAACAAUACCUAUCCACUGCCAAAUUUUAAUAAUUAAACAAUUAUUUUUCUCUAUAUACGUUUUGAUUGAUCUAAAACUGGAAAUACUGAUUAGUAUUAGAAACCAGAGCAGUAUGAUUUUUUGUUGCAGUCAAAUUGUUUUGCUUGAGCUGAAACUGUGUGAAAUGUGCCAAAACAAGCAGUGCUGAAUAAAAAAAAUAAUUUAUACAAUCUUAUUAAAAUUACUUAAAUAGAAUUUUGAAAGUGAUCUCCAAUGCACGGUUUGUUUGGAACUUAAAAUUUUUUUUAAUUUUAUAUGUUGCAUCUUUAUAAAAAUCAGAUAAAAUAUAAGUGUAUAACAAAACAACUUAUUGUUUGUUUUGGCACAAACUGUUGUAUUGUUUACUGUUCACUAGGUACAGAAAGUUACCAACCAUUUAACCAACAAUGUUCAUUCAGUUAUAUUUUUUACAAUUAAUAUCACUUAAGAAAUGUUGAAUAUUGUUUAUAAGAGUGAAAUUCCAUAAAUAUUUGUGUAUCAAAGAAUAAAUAAAGUAUUUAAUGUUACCAAAAUUA